GGGGCGCCACUUCGUUGCUGUGCGCGCUGGGGAGGCUGUAACAGCCACUGCCGUUGGCCAGCAGGUGCUUGGGAUCGAUUUUGGAGGGAAACUCUAGUUCCCGGUGUGUAAAGCUUUCUUGGCUUGGAUGUUGGGAUGGCAUCCUUGUUUUCGUUCUGCUAAAUUCCCUGUGCAUUUGGUAAUAAAGCUCACCAUGGCACGAAAGGACACUGCAUCUCUGCCCACUCUGAAGAUAUUGUUGAUUGGAGACAGCGCAGUGGGGAAAUCCAGCCUUUUGCUGAGAUUUGCUGAAGAUACAUUUGAGCCAUACCUCAGUCCAACUAUUGGUGUUGACUUUAAAGUGAAGAAGAUGGUGGCUGGGAAUUUUCCCCUUCAGCUAGCAAUAUGGGACACAGCAGGGCAGGAAAGAUUUCGAACAUUGACUCCAAGCUAUUAUCGAGGUGCUCAAGGUAUAAUUUUAGUUUAUGAUGUUACCAGGAGAGAGACGUUUCUGGGCCUGGAAAGCUGGCUACAGGAGCUAGAGAUCUAUACCAAGAAAAAUGUUGUGAAGAUGCUGGUGGGCAACAAAAUUGAUGAGACCAACCGUGAAGUAGAAAAAAGAGAAGGAUUGCUAUUUGCACAGAAACACUCCAUGCUCUUUAUAGAAGCCAGUGCUAAAAUGAAGGCUGGAGUGCAAAGUGCCUUUGAGGAAGUCGUCAUGAGGAUCCUGCAAACUCCAGAGCUUUGGAACAUCAGAAGAGAAGGAGUGAAAUUGGCAGAAAGCAGAUCUUUCAGAGAAGCAGAUGCCUGCAGUUCCUACUGUUCUGUUGCUUAAUACCCCAUGCGUUCAAAUAA